AUGAUGGGAAGAGUAUCGGAGGAGAGAGAGGUUAAGGUACCAGCAAGCGAAGCGUGGAAGCUCUACGGCAGCCUCCGGCUGGCCAAAAUUGCGGAGGAAGCGCUUCCCAAUGUCAUCAGCAAAGUCGAGGUGGUAGAAGGCAAUGGCUCCGCCGGAACCAUCCUCCACGUCGUUCUCCCUCCAGGUACAACGUGGCUGACAUCGUACAAGGAGAAGUACACGGUGGUGGAUGACGAGAGACGAGUGAAGGUGGCGGAGGUGGUGGAGGGCGGGGUUUUAGAUCUGGGUUUUACACUUUACAGGUUCCGAAUGGAGGUGAUAGAGAAGGAGGGAAAGGAGGAGGAGUGCAUCGUCAGAGGCAGCAUCGAGUACGAAUUGAAAGAGGAAGCUGCUGCGAACGCUGCGUUGGUCUCCAUUGAGCCCCUCCUUGCUAUCAUGCAGCUUGCUGCAGAUUACUUGACAAAAAACUACAACACCAACGUCUGA